AUGAUUCCACGUCAAUCAAGAAAAAUAUCCUUUUAUGAGGAAUAUGUUGAAUAUGUUCAAACAAUACCAGUAGAAUUUCAUAAAUGGAUGCUAAUCAUUAACUACAUGCUUGUAUUAGUGAUUUUCGUGAUUUUUACUGGCUUUG